GCAGCCCCGUAGCAGCGCAACUGCUCUGAUUAGAGCGGAGAGUGAGCGCACAGACUCGGCCAGAUCCCGGCUCCCCUCCCCCUGCCGCGCCAGGUGACCACGGUGGCGCCCUCCCCUGCUGGAUGAGGCCGCGUCACUGAGGCCAUUCUCAGGGACAAAGGUCGGAGCAGCCAGGCUGGCGACAUCCCUGAAAGUGACUCCUAAACCCCUCUGCGGAUUUUCCAACGGCCCCAGAGAGGGGGCAUCAGGCCAAGCUGCUGCGUCAGCUGGUUAGAGGCGACAAGAGCCUGAUCCAGAGGCCCCAGAGACUUGCCACGUUCCCCUGAACCUGAACUCCAAGGCUGCGGCACUGUUCCAAGGCGGGAUUUGCACAGCGAACCACAGUCCACGUCCGCCCCAGGCUUGCUGCCACGCGGCCAACGGCACCAGCCAGCAGGUGGCACCAUGGCCGUGAGCCUUUUGCGGGACUGGUGCCGGGGACUGGAUGUGGACACGCACCGCGCACUGCUGGUCACCGGCAUCCCGGAGGGCCUGGAGCGAGCCGCCAUCGAGGCUGUCCUGCAGCCGGCCCUCUUGCCCCUGGGCACAUUCAGGCUAUGGAACACCAGGGCCGCGAGGGACCACAAGGCCAAGGCCGCCCUGGUGGAGUUUGUGCAGGACAUAAAUCACGCGUCCGUCCCCAGGGAGAUCCCCGGUAAGGACGGAGUCUGGAGGAUUGUGUGUCAGGACCCCGCGGAGGACCCAGGAGUCCUGAGGCACAUGAGACGCCUGGUGCUGGAUGACAGGCCCUGGAAGGCCACAGGGCCCUGGGCCCCCGAGAACACGCUCCCCUCUCCAGCUAAGGAGACACAGGCCCAGGGCUCAGAGCCAACUGCCAAGAGGGCUGGCCCACCUCCUAGGAGGGGACGCAGGGCUCGCAGAAACAGAGCUAGAGGCAACAGGUGGGCCCUGAGGGGCCAGAGCACGGAGGGACGGGAGAGGCCGCCCACAUCUACCAGGCGGGAGUCUGACGCCUCCUCAGGGGGCAGCCUGGGCAUCGUGCUCGAGGAGCUGGACCAGGACGACCUGAGCUCGGACGAGGCUCAGAGCGCGCUGUCUGCCACGCUGCACCAGGCUGCCAGGGAGCUCAGCACGAAGGAGUGGGCCCUGCAGGGCCGCGCCCACGCACGAGAGGGGACCCGCGAGUUCUUGGCCCUGGUGACGGUGACGGACGAGGCCAAGCAGGAGCCGACGGAGAAAGAGGCCUCGGAGCCCCAGGCCGUCAGCCUGGACGGCAGCGGCGGCAGCGGCGAAGCCCGGAGCCUCGUCCCCGACUUAGUGGCCCUGCUUGCUGUGCGAGACGCGGGCGACGAGGAGCCCGUCGACGGCGAUGCUCCUGAAGGCGAGUCGCAGCCGAACGGGGAGCCGGGAGACGAGGAGCUGGACCACCCCGAGUUUGUGGCCAUUGUGGCCUCUACGGACCCGUCGGACCCCUCGGCCCGCCAGGAGCUGCUGAAGAUCGCUUCCGUGAUCGCGUCCCUGGGCUGGAGACCCCGCACAGACCCAACCGAUACCCUGGGCGAGGUCCUGUCCGUCCUGUGCCAGGACACUGGGGGAGCCCGCGUGCAGGUGCAGGAGGCCGGCCGCCGGGUGGACGGCCUGGUGCUGCGGAAGGCCACGGGCGGCGGGAGCCUGCGGGAGUGCGUGUGCGCCCUGGCCGCGCCCGACCCCCAGUCGCGGGGCAGGAGGGCGCCGCGGGGCUUCCUGGCGGGCUGGGGCGACGGCGAGGGGGGCCUCCUGGAGCUCGUGGCGCUGCUGGCCGCGCGGGACACGGCGAGGGUGACGCCGGAGGCCGGGGACAGUGGCCGGGAGGGCGGGCGGGGCGGGCGCGCCGGAGGCCAGCUGGGCGAGGUGCUCGCGCUGUUAGCUGCCGGGGAGGGCGCGGCGGCGGAGGCGGCGGAGAGCGUGGAGUCGGGACCCGAGCGCCGGGCGUCCGGGAAGGCGCGGACCAAGCGGGCGCGCACGGCCUCCGGGACCCUGGGCGAGAAGGUGGCGGCCCCGGGCCCGUCGCGCUCCCGCAGACGCCGAGGGGCAGGCGGAGGCCGCGGCAGGCGGGCGGUCACUCCCGAGACGCGCUCGGGGGACCAGGCGGCGGCGCAAGGGAAAAAGAAGGGGCGCGCGGGCGCGGAGGCCCAGGUGCAUGCCGGCGAGGUUAGGGCUCAGCCGCCCCCUGGCUCCGAGUCAGCCCGCGGGAAGAAGGCUCGUCGCGGCGGGAGGCAGCCCCCCAAGUGCUGCUAAGAGAACCCGAAGUGGCGCGGCCGCACCUGGGGCGCUGCCCCCGCCCCCAGCGGCAGAGGCGGCCUCCCGGCUUCACCGCGCCUCCCCUGGUUCCGCCGCGCCGCGGGCCGCCCGCCUCCCCGGCCCCUCACUGUCCCGCCAUCGCGGGUGGCGGGAGCGGUCCCCAGGGAAGGAGAGACACGCGUGCACCCCAGAGGCAGCAGCCCCAGGGGAUGGGACGGCGUCUGGGGCCUACCCGGGGGCCUGGGCUUCGGGCGGCGCCGGCUUAGCACGGGGCUGAGCGUGGCCUUGGGGCGGUGGGGAGGCUCGCUGUGCCAGAAAAUUCUUUCAGGUUCUCUGCGAGGCGCCCAUCCUUCCAGACACCUGCUUCUGGCCAGCGUCUGUGGGCCCCUGCCCCCAGCCUCAGUCUCAUGGGGCCUGGGGCCUGGGAUGGAGUCUGGGCCACCCAGCUGGGCGGUGGGUGUCUGAGUGGAGUGGACGCCUGAAGGUUGAUCCUCCCUGCUUGGGGGAGGAGAAGAUUCCAAUAAGAGGGGCAGCCGAAGGGCAGAGGGGGCAGCUCCUGGGGGAGGGGGAGUUCCUCUAGGAGAGGAGGGAGGACAGGUGGGGAAGGGUGGGGUAGGGGAGGAAGAGGAGGAGGAGGAAGAAAAGUGGAAAAGCACCAGCCCUGCCCCCCUCAGGUGCAGCUGAGACAAGUGACCCAGCUCCUCAAGGCCAAGGCUAGGCAGCUGCUACUGUCCACAGGCUGAAUCUGUCAUUCGGGCUGACCAGUGAUUUCCAGGAAUCUGGAUUAUCUGCUAUCAUUUGCAAUCCCAUAAACUCCGGAUAUCUGGCUUCCCUCAAUGGCUGUGCAGGGUAGCUCACCUCCCUCAGGCCUGUGGUCACCACUCCAACCCCACCCACGCCAGUUGUCCCAGCAGCUGUGCCGCCUGUCCCAUGCGCUGACCAUGCCCUCAGUAAUGGCCUUGCAGGGGGCAUAAGAGGCGGCAGGUCCUGGGUUCAUCCUCUGAGUGACUCAAACAUCAGAGGGGACCCUGAGGGCAGGGGUGGGUCCAGCCAGUGUAGGAGCAGUCCUGGGAAUGGGAAUGGCUGGAAAGGAAGGAAGUGUCCCCAGGAGGGAGCUGCAGCCUAGCCCCCAAGUCCCCCCAGGAGUGUGACUCAGCGCUGUGGGGUUCAGCACCUGCUAUCACAAGUGUGGCUGCUUCUGUGGGGUGUCCCUGUCCCAUGGUGAAGUGGACAUCAGCCCUUACUGCCCACCUCAGCGUGUCCCUUCUGGAGUGCUCUGUACUGGGUGCUGCUCCUAAUCCUCUCGCCCUGGGGCUAUGUGUGUGUCUGUGCCAGAGUCCCUGUCCCCAGGGAGUGACAGGCCCAUUGUGCCAGGAGGGCCCUCCCUACAGGUCUCCAGGAAGGUGCAGGGGCCUGGGGGUGCCCUCACA